AUGUAUAGGAGCAGGAAUAGAGGGAAGGGCAACAACAUUAAGGGUCCAAACUCUGCACUUACUCAGUUUUUAAAGGAGGAAGGUAUUAGUGCUGAAACAAUCAGACAAAGAUGGAUUGAUCAACAAGAGGCCUCAGCCAAAGCAGAACCUUUAAAAAAUGCUGACAGCAAGGAUGAUUAUAGUGCCGAUGCUGGAAAAAGGCUGGAACAUUUAGUUGAUGAGGACAAUGUACACCCUGAUUUGGACUCUGGGGAGGAUAGCGAAGACAAUGAUAAUGCUUUGGUUAGGACAAAUCGUAAGCGCCCCAUAACUGAUGACAGCGAUGAAGAAGAAAUUACCCAAACAGAAGGGUCUCCAUCCAUAGCCCGCCCUUCAUUGGAGAAGAGAGGGAAUAGAGCGGAUCAGAGAGCAAACAACAAGAAGAUAUUAGAAGCUCGGAGAAGAAGGAAAAGAAAGGCUGAGGACUUGCUGGAUAAGAAGGAGAGCAAAGUUCCAACAUUACAAGAUUUAUGCUUAGAAUUAAUCACAAACAAUAUUAUAUCAUGGCAAGAUAACUCCCAUAACAACAAGGCCAACCCAAUCUUUGCCCAACUUAGGGAAAGAUUGGGUGGGGUUUCCACCAAAAAUUUGGCCUUAUUGAGUCAGGCACUUUCUAAGAACAGAGCUUUAAACGACUACACGUUGCAACUGUUCUUGAAGACCGAUUUGACGGAGCUUACGUUUCAUGACUGCUCCAACAUCUCCUACGACGGUUAUAAAACACUGGCCGUUUUUUCACCACACAUUACUUCAUUGUCAUUACAAAUGUGCGGACAGCUGAAUAACGAGGCCUUACUCUACAUCUGUGAAAAAUUGCCGAAUCUCCACUCUCUGUACUUAGACGGCCCCUUUUUGAUCAACGAUGCUACAUGGAACGCAUUCUUCACGAAUAUGAAAGGCCGAUUACGGGCGUUCCACAUUUCAAAUACACAUAGGUUCACAGAUGAAAAUCUGGAAAGUUUACUCUCCAACUGUCACAAUGAAUUAGUCUCUUUGGGGUUAUCGAGACUGGAUUCAGUUUUCAACUACGCAAUGAUACCUCAAUAUUUAGACAACGAGAACUUCCACACGCUCUCCAUCCAGUACCCUUACAACGAGGAGGAUGUAUCAGAUGAGGUGAUAGUUAAUAUUGUGGGACAGGUUGGAAAGAACCUGAAAUCGCUAACUCUGAAUGGUUGUCUUGACCUUACCGACUCCAUGAUCAUAAACGGACUCGGAGCGUUUGCUUCUGGAGUUGCCGGCGUAAAUUCUCUGUUGGAAGUGCUACGAAUAGAGGAGCUGGACCAGGUAACGAGCGAUGCAUUGGUGUAUUUCCUGAGCCAAGUGUCGUUGCCCAAUCUGAAGGAGCUCAGCCUGAAGAGAUGCUUACAGUUGGACGACGCGGCCAUCGAGGAGCUUCUUUUAAACGCCGCCAGCAGCUCUUUGCAAAAGAUAAGCUUAAACAGCUUGAAAAGUCUGACCAAGUCCGCAUUGAAGAAUUUGAAGUGUCCUAAUCUAAAAUAUCUAGACCUGGGGUUCGUGAGAGCAGUGGAUGAUGAGAUUAUCGAACUGUUGGGUGAGCAGAACCCUAAUUUGAAGGUGAUAGAGGUUUUCGGGGAUAACCUGAUCACGGCAAACGUCGAACCACGCCCGGGAAUCACACUGGUAGGCAGACAGAGCGACAGUAUGUAG